AUGGCUUCCUCACUGGCCAAGAUUGGGAUUCUGUCGAUUGGCGACAUGGGCGUAGGAAUCGCCAAGCUGCUCAUAGCGAACGGCUUCACCGUGGCUACGAGUGGCAAAGGCCGCAGUAACGACACGAUCGAGCGGGCCAAGCAGGCCAACGUCGACGUCCUCAAGACGGACGUCGAGCUCGCGGACUCGUGCGCCGUGAUCCUCUCGGUGGUGCCGCCGCGGGACGCCGCGGCCACGGCCGAGCGGAUCGUCGACGCCCUGGUCGGCACCACGCAGCGGGCGCAGCCGCUCUACUUUGCGGACCUCAACGCGGUGGCGCCGUCCACGUGCCGGACCAUGGCCGCGCUGAUCGAGAAGUCCCGCGCGCCGAUCCGUUUCGUGGACGGGGCCAUCAUCGGGGGCCCGCCGUCGCCGCGCAAGGAAGGCGGCAGCGGCAGCGGCGACGGCGGGUGGGACCGCCCCAGCAUCCCGACGUCGGGGCCGCACAAGCUGUCCGACAUCCCCGGGUUCGGGGAGCAGCUGUCGGCGGCGCUCAACGUGCGGCACAUCUCGGCCGACGUCGGGGCGGCGAGCGGGCUGAAGAUGUGCUUCGCCAGCACGACCAAGGGCUUCACGUCGAUCGCGAUCCAGUCGUUCACGACGGCGCAGCGGCUGGGCGUGCUGGGCGAGCUGCGGCACGAGCUCGAGACUUUCUCGCCGGCGGCGCUGAGGCAGGCGGAGCGCGGCGUCGUGGGCAUGGCGCCCAAGGCGUACCGUUGGGUCCGCGAGAUGGAGGAGAUCGCGCUGAUGUUCGAGCAGGACGGCGGGUUCGCGCAGGACUCGUUUCGCGGUGCCGCCAAGGUCUAUAAGGCCGUGGCCGAGUCCGAGCUCGGUCAGGAGAAGAUCGGGAAAAGGAAGAGAGGCACCACCGUCGAGGACAUGGCGACGGUGCUCGUCGAAGGAAUGGAUAAGCGUAAGAAGAAAAAUGAGUAG